UGCCACUCUGCUCGAUUCUCCUCCAUGCUCUUCCCUUCCCUGCUGCCCGCCCCCACCUCUUCCCCCCAGCGGAGAGGAAGAGCAGAGACAAGUGAACAACAAGCCAAGGCAAGGAAGAUAGGACAUUACAGAGCGUGUGAAUGGAGCAGUGUGCGAGUACGGCCUCCCUGCUGGCCUCGGUGCGGGAGCAGGAGAGGCAGUUUGAGAUGCUCAGCCGAGCUCUGGAGGAGGAGCGGAGGUCGUGUGCCGGCACCCUGCCCCGCCCCCUCCCCAACAUGCAGAACGGCCGCAUUCCUUGUGAUGCAGACAUAGAGAGGCUGACACUGAACGAGGGUUACAUCAACGGGACACAUCACUUCAGGAUGGAGCCUGGUCAGAUGGUGCAGGAGACGUAUACAGUAGAGGAAGACCCUCAGGAGGCUCAACCUGUUAUCUCCGUGGAGACCAAUGAAGACGGGACCACGAGGCGCACAGAAACCACGGUAAAGAAAGUAGUAAAGACCACCACCACACGCACAGUCAUCCCCUCCGUGUCAGACACACUGUCCCUGGAUGGGGGGGGUUCAGUGACGGGUAUGAGUGCCUGCACUGGACCCGUCUACAGACACGUACAACCGGCUGCACCCAUGGAUUACCCCACUCACACCGUGCCCCGCAACUACCACUACGGACCGCCGGCGGGCUACGACGACUACCGAACCGGGCCCCCGUCCGAGGCCUACCCCAGCCUGAGCCGGGGGGCUCGUAUGGAUGAUCGCUACAGACCGGUCCAUCCUGACGGCUACAGAACUCUGGAUCCGAACUACAGAGCCGUCAGCAGGAACCAGCUGGACCCCUAUGCUGCUCAGCCACAGGUCGGCCGUAUGGGAAGUGCCAUGGAGCUCUCCUCCAUCCCUAGGUUUGUCCCGGAGCCGUACGGUCUGGAGGACGAUCAGCGCAGCAUGGGCUACGACGAGCCCGACUACGGCAUGGGACACCCCAUGCACUACAGCACCGUGCCCCGCAACCUGCACGGCUACCAGCAUGGGCCCCCACCACGCAGGGCUGGGAGUUACGAGGGCACGUUGGAUGGCGACAUGAGCGGCCCGGGGGACGUGUACUACUGGGGAGGCGGGGCCCCGCUGGCGCAGGGUGAGAGGGGCAGUAUGGCCUCGUUGGACAGCACUCUGAGAAAAGGUCCCGGCCCUGGCCCCGGAGGAUGGCGUCAGCCGGAGCUGCCCGAGGUCAUCGCCAUGCUUAACUACAGGCUGGACCCCGUCCGGAGCAACGCAGCGGCGUACCUGCAGCACCUCACCUACAAGAACGAUAAAGUCAAGAGCGAUGUGCGUCGAAUGAAAGGCAUCCCAGCGCUCGUCUCUAUGCUCGACAACCCAAACAGAGAGGUUCACUACGCAGCCUGUGGCGCGCUAAAAAACAUUUCCUACGGCAAAGACCACGACAACAAGAUCGCCAUCAAGAACUGCGACGGAGUGCCCGCUCUGGUCCGGUUGCUGAGGAAGACUCAUGACCAGGACCUCACUGACAUCAUCACAGGGACGCUGUGGAACCUGUCAUCUCACGACUCGGUGAAGAUGGAGAUCGUGGACCACGCGCUCCACGCCCUCUCCGACGAAGUGAUUGUGCCCCAUUCUGGCUGGGAGCAAGGGAGCAAUGGAGCGGGAGGAGGGGAGGAGAACUGCAAGCCCAGACACCUGGAGUGGGAGACGGCCCUCACCAACACAGCUGGCUGCCUGAGAAACGUGAGUUCAGAGCGGAGCGAGGCGCGGAGGAAGCUGAGGGAGUGCACGGGAUUGGUGGAUUCGCUCAUGUACAUCGUCCAAUCCCAGAUUGACUGUAAAGACGUGGACAAUAAGCUGAUAGAGAACAGCGUGUGUCUGCUGAGGAACCUGUCCUAUCACGUGCACCGUGAAAUCCCCGGCUGUGAGCGCUACCAGGAGGCCGCACCCCUCAACCAGGGCCCCGCCCCCUCCAGCCAGAAGGGCGGCUGCUUCAGCUCCCGCAAGAGCAAAGAUGAGUGGUUUUCCAAAGGUAAGAAAGAUGACGAUGGAGCUGCAGACAUAAUAGACAUUCCAAAGAGGACCGCGCCUGCUAAAGGUUACGAGCUGUUGUUCCAGCCCGAGGUGGUCCGCAUCUACACCUCUCUGCUCAAAGAGUCGAAGAACCCCACCGUACUGGAGGCCUCGGCCGGAGCCGUUCAGAACCUGUGUGCUGGACGCUGGACCUAUGGGCGAUACAUCCGCGCCUUGCUACGGCAAGAGAAGGGGCUACCCAUGAUGACGGAGCUGCUCGCUCACGGCAACGACCGUGUGGUCCGCGCCAUGUCCGGAGCCCUGCGCAACAUGGCCAUCGACGCUCGCAACAGAGAUCUACUAGGCAAACAUGCGGUGCCUCAUCUAGUUGCCAACCUCCCCGGCGGCGGGCAGAGUCAGCCGGUGCGAGCGCUGUCGGAGGAGACGGUGGUGUCGGUGUUGAGCACGCUCCAGGAGGUUCUGGGCUCCAGCCUUGAGUCCGCCAAGACCCUCCGAUCCUCGCAGGGGAUCGAGAGACUCGUGCUCAUUAACAAAGACGGGAAUCGCUCUGAGAGGGAGGUGCGCGGGGCCGGCCUGGUGCUGCAGACCGUGUGGGGCUACAAGGAGCUGCGGCGCACUUUGGAGAAGGACGGCUGGAAGAAGACGGACUUCAUGGUCAACCUCAACCCUCCCAGCAACAACACCAGAGCCAACGGGGGAUACGAGGACAGCACCCUGCCGCUCAUAGACAAAGGGGGCAAAGGGGACCGGGAAAUGAUUCCACUGAACGACAUGGGACCAGAUGCUUACUCCACACUGGACCAGAGAGGGAGAAGGAACACUCUGGAUAACACACUCGAACCUGCUGACAGAGACGCAGUUCAGGGAGGGAUGUAUGGGGAGAGCCAGGCCUCUUUGCCUCUAAUGGAUUCUUACGAUGGUUAGGCCACACCCACUGUCACACUGCAUGUCAGCGCAUGAAAAACUGAUUGUGUGCAUCACGAGACGACAGCCUCCUCCCACCUACUGCCCUUGCUGAACUGACAAAUGGGGGACCACAACACUACGGAUUGGACUAAAAACUCCAUCCUUUACACUCAACUCUCCUGUCCCCUCUUCACUCUUUUUGCAGGUCCUCUUCUUUCUCUCUUGCCCUUUUGGUUACAUUCCUUCAUUGCAGCUUGGAAAAUUUUAACGAAAACACACGGAGACAAACAGACGUGGAUCUACGCUCCCUGUGGAAAACCGGACGAGACACUAUGACCACUUUUGUGCACCGCGAGACCCUGAACUCCAAAACCACUCGAUCAGACACCACGGCUACGACACUACAUUUCCAAACUACACUACAACAAUACAACUUGCCUGGACAACACUAAUUCUCUCUUCAACCAAAGGCUGUGGUCAGAACAGGACACUUUUGGGGGAAAUUUUACACAAAACAUCAAAUCUUUUUCUCUCUCUGAUUGUUAAAUAUUACAAAAAAGAUUUCCUACCAUUGAUAACCGAUGUUUAAUGACCUAAUAAGAUGUGUGAAAGCUUCUGCUUCUGUUUUUGGUUGUGGUUGUUCCUCUUCUUGCUUCGCUCUGUACCACAGUUAAUGUGCCAAAUGACACUGCUACCGCUGCCAAUUCUGAUUGCAACAAAGUGAAUGCACACAUCUUUACAGAUGCUACACCGAAACCGGCAUCUGCUUCGUCUUGUUUGCAGCUUGUGACAGUCAACAUGAUGCAUGGGGGCUGCUGCGUAUUUCUGUAUCGGUCUGUGAUCUGUAGAUGUAAAAAGGGUGGAGGUGCCAGUAUCAAUACAAAAAUACAAUUAUUCUCCUUUCGUCGGUGUAUUCUACGUUUCUGAAGUGAUGUUUCUGUUAAGUGUAAGCAUCUUAACUUUGUGAUUUUUGGGAGAUAUUACAGGAUUCCUGGGCAGCAUUCCCGACUGUAAAUCUUAUGAAUGUGUUCAAACAAACAGCAUCUCUGUAUGUGGGCUAACUGGAGUGCCUCGCUCAUCAGGAUAGGUCUGAUGGGUGUGCCUAACAUGAAACGGGGGAGUGUAACCAAUCAAGGUGUCUUUUUCUCAGAAGUUGGGGAAUACUGUACAUUGAAGUCACCUGUUUUCUAUUCUGCAAAUAUAACCUGACAUGACCUUGUACGUGUGAUGUAAUUGGAAGUGUUUUUUUAUACGGUAUAAAACUCUCUAAUUUACUGCUUCAAAGUCUACCUGGCUUUAACCCUACACAACAGUACAUGGGAGAAGGCACAGAUGUUUGCUUUUACCUACAUUUCUUACGUAGUUAUGUAAAAGAAUGCUUAGUGCCGAGUGAGAUGUAGAUACUUACUAAGUGGACGAUUUAGAGAAGAACCACGGGGGGAGGGAUAUGUGUGUUUUUCUUCUUUUUCUACCUUUCCUCAUGCCAAUUGAAUCCCGACUGAGAAUGCCUAAUUUUUCUCAAAUGUAACGUGUUGCCUUCAAGAGUGGACUGACUAAAAAAGAGGAGAAAAGGGGAGAGUAAGAUUUGAAAAGUUGCAGUGCAUGGAGGCAUAGAACAGAAUUUGCUCUUAGAAAAAAAGCAGAUAAAAAAUAAAAGCACAUUUAAACUAUAUAUACAAGAGAAUAUUUGUUAAUUUUAAUGGUUAUAUGUAUUUCCUUUUUUUUAAAUAUUGAUUUGGGUUUAAUUGUUUCGGGUGCUCUUGGUGAAUGCAUAUGCAAUCAGUUUUUAUGUUUUGAUUGAAAACAUUCAUCUUCAUGUCUUAAUUAAAUGCAAAACGUGUUAGCUAAACAGAAACCCUCCAACGCAGCCAUCAGAUACUGGAACACCAAUGGAAAAUCUGAUUCUGGACUACAACUUAAUCUCUUUGCCUUGGCUCUUAAAAAUUGCACAUUCUCAUUUAUGAAUGAAUUAUGUAACUAGCAAUACUGUUUUUAAUAAAAAAGAAAAUGAUUUCUCAGA